UAGCGAUGCAACCUUAUUCAUGCCAAAACACUGUGAAACGUCAAGUGCAGUACUAUUGAGCUUUAUUUGCUGAUUAUUGCGUUUUCUAAGCUUGAAAUCAUUGUUUGUACUUUGCAAGAGCAUAGCACUUUCAUGCAGGAAUGUCAGGUCUUCUUAAACCUUGGCUUGAAAGUCAAUUGUUUAAGAAACUCAACGAUGCGAAUUACAUCCCAUUGAAAUGCGGUCAAAGCCUGCCGCUUCAAAUUUUUAAAUUUCUAAGAUUUGAGAUGCCAAUUGUUGCACUUUUAUCAGACACGGAUUACUAUAUCGAGGCUGUCUUUACGGAAGAGAGCAUAGCCGCGUACAGAAAGAAUUCAGAAAAAAGGUUAACCUCGUUACGAGGGGGAAUUAUAUGUUUGCGACGUUAUUUUGUAUACCUUUCAGAUGUAAACCAAGUUAUCUCUAUUAGGAUUGUCGUCAACGACUUCAAUUACCUUGGUUGUGAAGCUGGUGCUCUUUAUGGUGACCCAAAACGGAUUUAUGCAUCAAAUAAACUAUGUCAAUUGCUUCAAUCUCCCUACCUUCAAGCUCUUAUUGCGCAAGCCCAGCCUUCUGUCAUAGUCUCUAAUUCCUCCAUUAAUUCUGAUUUACUUCUUACUCAGAGCUCGAAAAAGAGCUCGGCUGAGCAAUCAUCGAAUGCUUCCCUUAAAAUAUCCUCUUCUUCUCUUAACAGUCAACCCGCUUUUUUAUGGAAAACAAUGACAAAUCUCAAACUUGAGGAUUGCCUUGUUCCAAAAGAACAACAAUGUCUAUUACGAAAAAAAAAAUCAUGGUAUCCCAGCAUUUGUGAUGAUCUUUCCAGCGAGGAAACCGAUAGUGAGCCUCCAGCAGUCGAAGACGAGGAUGUUCCCGUAAUUAAGCACGAGCCAGAUGUCUCGGCAGCUGAUUUCUCUUGGUCCUCUUCUCCCGACACUCCCGCUAAAGACCAAGUCAAAGCAUUAAGGAGCGUUAACGCAGACAUCCUGAACGAAGCCUUGCGAAAACAGCCUCAAAGUCCGGUUUCUUACGCUGGCUCGCAUGCGUCCGAAUCACCAACUCAGUUUCCUGCUACUACUUUCUCUCAGCACGUCUCUAAUAGGUUGGUGCCCAUUGCAGCCUCCACACAGCUGAGUGCACCUCAACCCGUGCAAUCACAAAGUGACCUUCCCCCCAUCCUGCCUCCAUCCACAAUCCCCGUUCCAUUUGUUCCCACGUGUGAACAGACUAUUCCUGACUCUAUUAUUAAAAACCCAACUCACCUUCAAAUUGCCCCUCCGGCUCGUACGGAGGCGGUAUCUUUUCACAAUGAAUCAGUAAUUUCGGAAACGCCUUCUAAGAAACACAUAAUGUCCGCACCAACGUAUGUUGUGCCUAAGGCUCCGAGUCGUUCCUCUUCUAUUACCUUCCUUCGGAAGGCACUACCUUCGUUCGAUAUAGACACACAGGUUCAGCAUGCGCUUCACGAAGUUUAUCGCGACUACUGUACAGGAGCGUGUAAUAAGAAGCAGCUCUCCAGUAUUUCAAAUUGCAAAACCCUAGUCAAAACAAAACAGCAACUAAUGGAUAUCUGUGAAGGUGAGUUUCAUGAUCUGCAUAAGAAUUGGCUACGAAUAAAAAAGUAUCGUGAAAGGAUGCUUGCGAAGGUCUAGCACCAUUAUCCAAAUCAGUGCUUCCUAAGAGGCCUUUCUCAGUUGACAGUCGAUUUUUUUGAAAUUAACUCUAAUAAUGUAAUUUACAAUUAAUUUAUUCAUUUAAGCAAAGCGUAAAAAAACC